AUGCACCUCCGCAACGGACGCGUCAUCGGCCCCACUCCGCAGGAGACUCCAUCUAUGUCAGUCAACAGAAUGCCCAGCGGGACCCCCCGGGUACAUCGCCACGCGACUCCUAAGCCCACCGUGGCAGAGCGGCCGCACGGGCACAAAGAGGUGCCCCCACAAGCGAUUCCUCUGCCCAAUGCUGCACCAGGAGACUGGCCCUUCACCUCGUGGGAACAAUUCCAUACGGCUGUGAGUGCGCUAAAGGCCGUUAUGGGGGGGACCACGGAACCCGGCGAUAGGACUCCCAUCCCCGGUCUUCUGCCGAGCACAAUGCAGGCCUUUCUGCUGCGCAUCGAGCGCCGGUACGCGCUGAAGGGAAUGGAGCCGCGUGAGUGGGGAAACGCGCUCAUAGACCAUCUCGUGGGGCCGGCUCUAACGUAUUGGAUGUAUCUACAGCGAACUAUCGAUCUAAGCGACUGGACGACCGUAAAGCACCGGCUUUUGGAACGGUUUAACAGAGCAAUGUCACCGAGCGAAACGCUAUAUGAGUUGGCUAAAGUGCAAUGGAAUGGUAACCUGAAGGACUACACGGAGCGGUUUGCGAUUGUUCGCCUCGCCCCGUACUCAGAAUGGGGACCGGAACUCGCGGAAUACUACUGCACGGGGCUACCGACUGACCUCCAUCUCUCAAUAACUAAUGACGGACACGUGAAAUACCUGACAACCGUUAUGGGAGGGAUCGUGGAAUCUGGCGAAAGGACCCCCAUCAUACCAGAAGACGGAAGCACAAUGCAAGCCUUUCUGCUGCGCAUCGAGCGCCGGUACGCGCUGAAGGGAAUGGAGCCGCGUGAGUGGGGAAACGCGCUUAUAGACCAUCUCGUGGGGCCGGCUCUAACGUAUUGGAUGUAUCUUCAGCGAACUAUCGAUCUAAGCGACUGGACGACCGUAAAGCACCGGCUUUUGGAACGGUUUAACAGAACAAUGUCACAAAGCGAAAUGCUAACUGAGUUGGCUAAAGUGCGGUGGAAUGGAAACCUGAAGGAUUACACGGACCGGUUUGCGACUGUAGCGGAGCGGGGCAUGAGUCUUACCCCUGCGGAACUCGCGGAAUACUACUGCACGGGGCUACCGACUGACCUCCAUCUCUCAAUAACUAAUGACGGACACGUGAAAUACCUGACC